AUGAAGGGUCGUCAACUAUCGGCACCGGCUCAAGUUAAUGAUGAUGAUUACAGCAACCUCUUCACCCAGGGCUGGUCUUCCUUGGUCCCAGGGAUCAGCUCCUGUCGGACUACGUUUGAGCAGAACGCGCCAGUCAAGGCGGCCAUCCAAGCUGCCGCCUCUUUGGCUUCUAAGAUCCAAGCAAUCACUUUUCAAUACGGACAAUGUGUUUGCAAUAAUAAAAUUCUUGGAGAUGAAACAAUCGACCGAGCUUAA